GCGGGCACCGGGUAAAGAUCUAGAGCCAACCCUGAGAGACUCAGAGCAUAUCCGGUGUUAGAAGAGCUGGUAAGCUCCGGAGAGGUGGGUUAAGAAGAGAAGGAGGCUGUGUCACACAGACUCUGGAACCAUGAAUGUAUUUGAUCGGAAGAUCAACUUUGAUGCCCUCUUAAAAUUUUCUCAUAUAACCCCCUCAACACAGCAGCACCUAAAGAAGGUCUAUGCCAGUUUUGCCCUCUGUAUGUUUGUUGCGGCUGCGGGUGCCUAUGUCCACGUUGUCACUCAUUUCAUUCAGGCUGGCCUGCUCUCUGCCUUGGGCUCCCUGGGGUUGAUGAUUUGGCUGAUGGCAACACCUCAUAGCCAUGAAACUGAACAGAAAAGACUGGGACUUCUUACUGGAUUUGCUUUCCUUACAGGAGUUGGUCUGGGCCCUGCUCUGGAGUUGUGCAUUGCUAUCAAUCCCAGCAUCCUUCCCACUGCCUUCAUGGGCACAGCGAUGAUCUUCACCUGCUUCACCCUGAGUGCACUGUACGCCAGGCGCCGGAGCUACCUCUUUCUGGGAGGUAUAUUGAUGUCAGCCAUGAGCCUGAUGCUCUUGUCUUCCCUGGGAAACCUUUUCUUUGGAUCCAUUUGGCUUUUCCAGGCAAACUUGUAUAUGGGGCUGGUGGUCAUGUGUGGCUUUGUCCUUUUUGAUACUCAGCUCAUUAUUGAAAAGGCUGAAAAUGGAGAUAAGGAUUAUAUCUGGCACUGCAUUGAUCUCUUCUUAGAUUUUGUUACUCUCUUCAGAAAACUCAUGAUGAUCUUGGCUAUGAAUGAGAAGGACAAGAAGAAAGAGAAGAAGUGAGAUGACCAGCAUUUCCCAGUUUGACUUCCUCUCCCUCUCCCCCUCAUUUCCUCUUUGCACACAUUACAGGUGGUGUGUUCUAUGAUAAUGAAAAGCAUCAGAAAAGCUUUUGUACUUUGUGGUUUUCUCUAUUUUGAGUUUUUUGAUCAAAAAACUGAUUAGCAGAAUAUAGUUUAGAGUUUGGCUUCGUAUUCCUGGGGUUCUUCCUUAUUCCCUUUUCUGUCAGCCCAUCUGUAGCUCUUGCUCUGCUCAGGCAGCUAGACCACCGUGAUGAGGAGUGGGGCCAGCAGAGGAACAAACUCAAGGAGUCCACGUUCCCACCGAGCCUCAGCAAGUGGACCUAGACUGUUUGAUAAGAGCUACAUUGGCUUACCCUUCCUCAGUGUUGUUUGGUUUUGCGCAUGGUUCCUGUGGGACUGGGCAGUGCGUUUUCCAUUGGGAAGAAGGUUGCUGGUCCCAUGGUUAACUCAGACUCAUCAUAUCUGAGCUGUCAGCUCCCAAAGAAAGCAAAGAGUAUCUGGUGGGUGCUUUGCUUCCUCUGCACUGUGUGAGCUGGUCUGACAAGCACCUUUCUGCCUUGUUGUCAUGAGGGGAAUGUGGACUUGUGUAUGUUCCCUUUCCCACUGCUGCCUGACCCUCAGGGAAUCUGCCUGCUUCCAUCCAUGGGGUAGGAGGACUUGAGCAUAAAGGGAAGACUAAUUCUUGUCAGGCAUUUAUGAAAAGGCUGAAUAAUAUAUGGCAAGGUAGAGGUAGCACAGAAUUCUCCAAUUUUCCCUGGUGGUUGUAUCUUUUUUUGUUGGUUUUUAAAAUUGUUUUAUCACCUUAGUUACUAAGUGGUCUCCACCAGUGGCUAUGGUAAAAGGUCCCAGGAGAAAAAGGAUUGGGAAGGGAAUGAUUGAACCUCUGUGGUUAAUUGUAAUGAAUACUGCCAGAUGAUCCUAGAUAAAGGACUCUUUGGAGUGAUGGGGGACAAGCCUCCAUCAACCACAUGGUUUCUUGUUGGAAUCAGUGAAGCAGGGUCAUAGUGACUUGGAAGACAGCAUUUGUAACAACCCAUUAGUGCAUUUUUGUCCAACCCUACCUGGACACUUUUAGGAUGUUGUCAAGCCAGAGAUUCGGGGUAGUAGGUAAAUGGUCAUUUGACAGAUGCACUUUAAAUUUUUGGUCUGGUCACCUGUUUCCAGAAAUCUGCAGUCCUUUGGGCAGGAGCCAGGUGACCAAAUUGGCAAGAGCUCCAAUUCCCUUCAGCUUUGUUGUUACAGGUGUGGGUAGGCAGUCCUAAUGGGAAUCACCAGCUCCUUCCCCAUGGGUACUACAGUCAGCUGGCACAGAAGGUCAGCGUCAGGAGUGGUUGUGACCCUGGUUAAGGUUUCAGUGCAGGGGAACUAUGCCAUUGAUGGCUCAUUACCAGUAGGAUGCUAUUUUUGGACUUUCCUGUUCACAACCUGUACAUAGUGACUGCAGGUUUGCAGUGUACCAUGUCAUUAUGCCAUCCCAUGAAACUUGCUGGAGUGGUAUGGCACCCAGCAUGGCUUGCUUCUAUUGAGGUUGCUGCCCUCUGAUUUAGCUGCUACCUCCAGCCUCUGGCUUGAGAACUUACUAAAGGGAUGUUCUUCCUAUUAAGCCCUCAUUAGCAACUCUCCACAAAUACGGUGAUUCUCUGCUAGGCCUGAAUCUGAGUUUCACCUCUUGAAGCCAAACUCCACCUUUUGUGCUUUUUUGCUUGGGAUAAAGGAGUUUUUCUUUAGAAACAGUGCCAAGAAUGACAAGAUAUAUAUAAAAAAAAACUACUUUUAAAGAAAAUGCCUAACAGGUUUUUAAUACAGGUAUCACUGUAAUUUCCACUUUCUUUUCUAGUUCGUGGUUUUCAGCUCAGGCUGCAUUCUCUAACUCAUACUGUGAAGCAAAGGUGUUUUUGAUUAAAAAAAUAUAUGAUAUCUACAUAGUCUUAAUUUGUAAAAAAUAAAGAAAAUUCCUUAACCUUUCUUGAUGUUUG